AUGGACACCGGAGAACCUAAGCGCAGUAUUCUGCUUCCAAGCAAGGCCGAAAGCGCGGGAGGCGAAAAUGUUCGCAUUCUGGAGAGCGAAGUCCCUGGCAGGGGAGAGAGAGGACGAACUAGAGAAAAGAGAGGUCCCUCCAGCGCGAGUGGUUCGCGAAAUGGGUCACGAACGAUGAGUAGAAUGCGCGGAGACAUGGAUGAAUAUCUGAAAUGGACUGUGCUACAUCACGAUCCGUCGGAAAGGCUCACCCUUGGUGAGCGUGGCCACGCAGAAGGAAGCGACGACGAAGAAGAUGUAAGUGAUGAGGAGCAGGUCAGUGAUGUCGACAACGAACUAGACAUAGACACGGCACUGGGAUACGAUCUUGGUGCGCGCGUGCUCCCCAAUUUCGUGUCGAGUCUGUGGGAAGUGCUGCAGGGCGAAAAGAUGUGGACAUCACAAUACCAACAGCGGCAGGAUGGCAAAGCCGCACCGGCAGCAGUUCAUGAGCUAUCAGGUGGGUACGCUAGGGCCAUGGAGGUAGUACAUGGUGCAAAAAGCGACUCUCCAAGUGUGGAACAGGGCUCUUCGUACAUUCUGUACCUAGAUCUCACGACUGAGUCUUUUUACGCGCUACUAUAUGUGUUUGGGGCUGUGCUGAGCUCCAAAGAUACACUUUACGUUGUCCACGUUUCAGCGCGGGUGCCGAACGACGUGUUGCAGUCGAACGUAUCGCGGUUGAAAGCACAAACCGCCUACCUUCUGGACGCUUCUGCGGCGAUUUUGGAUUCAAUAAGUGUGGUCCUGCUCUCGGUUUCACAUCCUUAUCCUAAACACUUGCUGAACGAGAUGGUGCUGGCGGUGGAGCCCUUGGCAUUGUGCGUGCCGCUCUCCUUGGUACUAUCCUCGCUACAAAACUAUGUUUGUCCGAUCCCGACGGUGGUUAUCAGAAGAAAACUGAAACGAGUAAAGAAGAAAGGGAUCUCGGAGUAG